CCCCGCCUCCCGGGUGGUGCGCUCCGGGCUGGAGGCGUCCCUGAAGCGACCCUCCCUGCUUGCAGCGUCUGCUGCCCCACGCUCUCUGGACCAGGAGAGCAAGCGGAACAUGGCCUCGGCCACUGUGACAGCAGCAAGACGGACCCUCGGCCGGACCCCUUCGCUCCUCCUCGGGCGUGGCUACCAGACGGAAAGGGGUGUCUACGGCUACCGGCCAAGGAAGCCCGAGAGCCGGGAACCCCGCGGCGGCUUGGCGCGCCCCCCAGUGGAUCAUGGACUUGCCAGGUUGGUGACAGUAUAUUGUGAGCAUGGUCACAAAGCUGCCAAAAUCAAUCCUCUCUUCACCGGACAAGCCCUGCAGGAGAAUGUGCCCGAAAUCCAAGCCCUUGUGCAGACCCUGCAGGGACCCUUUAACACCACAGGAUUAUUGAACAUGGGGAAGGACGAGGCCUCGCUGGAGGAAGUAUUAGCCUAUCUCAACCAAAUCUACUGUGGACAGAUUUCUAUUGAAACCUCCCAACUUCAGAGCCAAGAGGAGAAAGACUGGUUUGCCAAGCGGUUUGAGGAACUAAAAAAGGAGACAUUUACCACAGAAGAGAGAAAACAUCUGUCCAAACUAAUGCUAGAAUCGCAGGAGUUUGACCACUUUUUGGCCACCAAGUUUGCCACGGUUAAGCGAUAUGGAGGCGAAGGAGCUGAAAGCAUGAUGGGCUUUUUCCAUGAGUUGUUGAAAAUGUCAGCUUACAGUGGGAUCACCGAUGUCAUCAUUGGGAUGCCCCAUAGAGGGAGACUUAAUUUAUUGACAGGCCUUCUGCAGUUCCCUCCAGAGCUGAUGUUCCGUAAAAUGCGAGGCUUAAGUGAAUUUCCGGAGAAUGUCCCAGCCACUGGAGAUGUGCUGUCUCACCUGACCUCCUCGGUUGAUCUGGACUUUGGUGCACACCAUCCCCUGCACGUGACAAUGCUGCCUAACCCCUCGCACCUAGAGGCCGUUAACCCCGUAGCCGUCGGGAAGACUCGGGGAAGGCAGCAGUCCAGGCAGGAUGGGGACUACUCCCCAGACAGUUCGGCUCAGCCUGGGGACAAAGUCAUAUGUUUACAGGUUCACGGUGAUGCUUCUUUCUGUGGUCAAGGGAUUGUUCCUGAAACAUUUACACUCUCUAAUCUCCCACAUUUCAGAAUUGGUGGGAGUGUCCAUUUGAUUGUCAAUAACCAGCUGGGUUACACCACUCCGGCAGAAAGAGGAAGAUCUUCCUUAUACUGUAGUGAUAUCGGGAAGCUUGUGGGCUGUGCCAUCAUCCACGUCAAUGGAGACAGCCCGGAGGAAGUGCUCCGUGCCACACGACUGGCUUUUGAAUACCAGCGCCAGUUCCGGAAGGACGUGAUUAUUGAUUUGUUAUGCUACAGGCAGUGGGGCCACAACGAGCUGGAUGAGCCCUUCUUCACCAACCCGGUCAUGUACAAGAUCAUCAGAGCCCGAAAGAGCAUUCCAGACACAUAUGCAGAGCACCUUAUUGCCAUUGGACUGAUGACCCAGGACGAGGUGUCAGAAAUCAAAGCCUCCUACUACGCAAAGUUAAAUGACCAUUUAACGAACAUGGCCCAUUAUAGCCCCCCUGCCACUCACCUGCAAGCCCACUGGCAGGGUCUGGUUCAGCCGGAAGCUCACAUUUCCACCUGGAACACAGGUGUGCCCCUAGACCUGCUGAGGUUUAUUGGCGGGAAGUCUGUGGAGGUGCCGGAGGAGCUCCAGAUGCACAGUCACCUUCUGAAGAUGUAUGUUCAGUCCAGACUGGAGAAGGUGAUGGAUGGAACCAAGAUAGACUGGGCCACAGCAGAAGCUCUUGCCUUGGGCUCAUUACUUGCUCAAGGUUUUAAUGUGCGUCUGAGUGGCCAAGAUGUUGGCCGUGGAACUUUUAGUCAAAGGCAUGCAAUGGUGGUUUGCCAGGAGACUGAUGACACCUACAUCCCCCUGAACCAUAUGGACCCUAACCAGAAGGGAUUUCUAGAGGUCAGCAACAGCCCACUGUCAGAAGAGGCCGUCCUGGGAUUCGAGUACGGCAUGAGCAUUGAGAGCCCUAAGUUACUGCCCCUCUGGGAGGCUCAGUUUGGCGAUUUCUUCAAUGGCGCCCAGAUCAUCUUCGACACAUUCAUCUCUGGAGGAGAGGCCAAGUGGCUCCUCCAGAGUGGCAUUGUCAUUCUCCUUCCUCACGGGUAUGAUGGCGCUGGACCUGACCACUCAUCUUGUCGCAUAGAGCGUUUCCUGCAGAUGUGUGACAGCACAGAGGAGGGGGUGGAUGGAGACACAGUGAACAUGUUUGUGGCACACCCCACGGCUCCUGCACAGUAUUUCCAUUUGCUCAGGAGACAGAUGCUCCGGAACUUCAGAAAACCCCUCAUCGUUGCUUCUCCGAAGAUGUUACUCAGAUUCCCUGCAGCUGUGUCAACUCUUCAAGAAAUGGCACCAGGAACAACAUUCAAACCCGUCAUUGGUGAUUCAUCUGUGGAUCCAAAAAACGUUAAGAGUCUAGUGUUCUGCUGCGGCAAACACUUCUAUGCCCUGCUGAAGCAGAGGGAAUCUUUGGAGGCUAAGAAGCGUGAGUUUGCCAUCAUCCGAAUAGAGGAACUGUGCCCUUUCCCACUGGACUCCUUACAACAGGAGAUGAGCAAAUACCAGCAUGUUAAAGAUUUUAUCUGGAGUCAGGAGGAACCUCAGAACAUGGGUCCGUGGUGUUUUGUUUCUCCAAGAUUUGAAAAGCAACUGGCCUGCAAGCUCCGCCUUGUGAGCCGCCCAGCUUUGCCAACACCCGCUGUAGGAAUCGGCACCGUUCACCUGCAGCAGCAUGAAGAUGUCCUCACCAAGACCUUUGCUUGAUGAUGUCCUUUGAAGAAAGACGACUUCCUGUUACGAAAAUUGCCCUAAAAAGAAAGACCUGCUUCCUCUACUCUCUCCUCUUUCCGUUAGGUAAUAUGAAAAGCUAAGAUCUGGGAUUGAUGAAGACAGUUUAAUCUGGAAUACGUGGACUAGCCAAGGAAAUCGGUACUAGGAACUUUUAUCCUUAAAAGUAACAUCGUGUCAUGUUUUGCUUAGAUCUGAGAGUGUUACACAGGUAGGUCAUUAUCCAGAGUUUUUCAGAUGCCACUCUUUCUCAUUAACUGUAUAUGCCCAGAAAAAGUUCUUUAGGCUGACUUCAUAGAUACAUAUAGAUUGUCUCAACAUUGCCUUUCGAUUUGUUUGAUGCAUAUCACUGUCAUUAAUUUUCCCCUUCUUUAUUCAAAGUCUAAUAUUUUAAUUUGUGUCAUUUUUGGUGCUGUUUUCCUGCCACUGAAAAAUGUUUCCCCAAACAUUGUAGCAAAACUAUGUUAGUCCUAAUUUGUUUUCUUCUAGAUCGUUGUACCCAUUAUCUUUAAAUAAAUUAAAUGCCAAUCUGUAAGUAUGAUCUUUCAGCAUAGUAUUAAGUAUUGAGCUUUGGCUACAAUGAAAUUGAUUUGUGGUCUGUUUCACCAUAAUAUCUUUCUUUCCUAAAUUGUUCUUGCACUGAUAUUGUCAUAUUUUAAAUUGACGUUCGGUGUCUGAUAUGUGGAUUUCAGCCUGGUUGAUUAACCAGUCUUGCCUCUAAAAGUCCCUGCUGCAGUAUGAUGUUUAUUUGUGGUGUUUAAGGAGCUCUGUGACUUUGACAGUGGGAAUUUCCCAAAGCCAGGAACUUGGGGGUUCACCAACCCACUCCCUUACUCUGAAAUGAAACUGAGUGCUGGAAGCAUAACUAAACAGCAGAAACUGUGCAGCUUUCCGUGGCUUGGUGCUGCAGAGGCCAUCGACCAUUCUUGUGCUGUGACACUGUUUUACUCAGAAGCGAUGGGGAAGUACGAGGGCACUGGAAUGCCCUGUCCACUUUUACUGGUAAAUAACUGGUAAUGUCCUUCAGAAUCAAUGUAUGAGUUGUUCUGGUUACAGCUCACGAUUCACAUCUUACAUGUAUUCAUUAGUGUACUGAUUGAACAUUUCUGUAAUAUUCACAUCCCUUUUAUUCCUUUCUGUGUCAAAUAAAUCAUGUAACUUGGUGCCACUCAUGUAAAAUUACAAAGUAAAAUUACAAAGGACUGUUUAAUGAGAAUAGUUAUCAAUGUUGUAUACCGAACUAGAAAAAAAAAUAAAAUCAGAGCCUUUUUUUUCCCCCCCAAAUC